AUGCUCCCCAAGCUCCGGCCCGUGGUAUUAAACUUGACGGACUUUGGUGGAGUGGGGGACGGAAUCACUCUCAACACGGCCGCGUUCGAGAGUGCCAUGCUGGCAAUUUCGAAGCUGCGGAAAAAGGGUGGUGGGCAGCUCAAUGUGCCGCCUGGUGAUUGGCUCACGGCCCCCUUUAAUCUUACUAGCCAUAUGACUUUGUUCCUUGCUGAGGGUGCUGUUAUUCUUGGUAUUGAUGAAGCAUCUGUGCUUGAUAUGAGUAAUUUAGCCAAACCCAAGAAGGAAUUCUAUUGUUCGCCGAUUACCAUCCAAUGCUUAAGAUCAAAUAGAUGGUUCAGCGGAUAA